AGCGUUUUCGACAUUCUCACAAUGGCGAGGUAGUGGAAAGAAUGGGUUGGCUACGCGUCUCUGGGCGAAGAAGAAACCAUACAUUUUGUUGAAGGUCGCAGUUUUUUGUCAUUUAUUGAUAGCGACGGAAUGCUUGCUGAUUAGUAGGGCCACAUGAAGAGAGGAGUGUACGUUCAGGUGGUGGGUUUAUGGAGACUGCUACGUAUGCAGCAGCCAGCUUACAUCGGGACCAAAAGCGGGUUGGAGAAGAAAGAGGCUUUCCUACCAUGAGAGCGAGUUAACCCCGUUUUUUUUUAUGAGGGAGAAACAAUUGAACCAAUAUUGCUUUACAAAGACGCUGUGUUGGCAACAGCGAGAAUAGGCUACGAGGCAAAUCGGAGUUGGGUCAAGUUUUGGGGAAUGGCAGGUCGAAGCCGAAGAGCAUGGUUUAGUGUUCUGUUGGGGCUGGUUGUCGGGUUCACCCUGGCUUCCAGACUCAUAUUACCGAAGGCUACGGAGUUGAAGAAAUCCGGUCAGAAACGCAAGGCGAACCCAGCCGGUUGCGGGUUGAACGGGGGUCUGAGGAGAGAAUUCGGUGGGAUAUUAUGGCCCCCGCAAGAUAACGGAUUUUCGGCGACGGAGAAGCCAGUUCCGAGGUCCAACAAUUUCCUUUACGUCGGCGUCAUGACUGCCCAGAAGUACCUGAAUAACCGCGCCAUCGCGGCACAUAGAACGUGGGCUCAGACCAUCCCGGGCCAUGUGGAGUUCUUCUCCAGUGAGGGUUCGGACACCACCAUCCCCAUCCCCAUCGUGGCGCUGCACAACGUGGACGACUCCUACCCACCGCAGAAGAAGUCCUUCAUGAUGCUCAAGUACAUGCACGAUCACUACCUGGACCAAUAUGAGUGGUUCAUGCGGGCCGACGAUGAUGUGUACAUCAAGAGCGAGCGCCUGGAGGGCUUCCUGCGCUCGCUCAACAGCAGCGAGGCCCUCUUCCUGGGCCAGACGGGCAUGGGCGCCCGCGACGAGCUGGGCAAGCUGGCGCUGGAGCCCGGUGAGAACUUCUGCAUGGGUGGCCCCGGCGUGAUCAUGAGCCGCGAGGUGCUGCGCCGGAUGGUUCCUCACAUCGGCCAGUGCCUGCAGGAGAUGUACACCACGCAUGAAGACGUUGAGGUGGGCCGCUGCGUGCGGAGGUUUGCCGGCGUGCAGUGUGUCUGGUCCUACGAGCGAGCUGACAGCCUGGUUACUUCACCAUUCUAUCCACUACACAUUAGAGGCACAGAAAGAAAGGAAAGGGGUGGCUUCUUCAGCAGGGGAAGGAUCACACCAAUGAGUGAAUGACUGAUCUCUUGCAUGUCGUCACCCACAAACUCGACGUUCUUAAAGAGACCCUGUACAAUUCUAAUGUUUUGCAUCUCAAUAGGUACACAAUGUAGAAACCUCAUUUUUCAAUGGCGGGAUUUUGUUUCAACAUUUUAGCUUUUUAUAAUAAACAAAUGUCUUUACACUGUUAAAUAUUAAUUUACAGAGCACAACGUGUGCUUCAUAUAUACUGUAUCUCAAUCAAUUUCAACUUUAUUUUCUGGCCAAACAAUAUUUUUUUCCCGCAUAUACUGCAAUCAAACUUCCUUGUUUCAGACUUUUGCUUUCUAACGUGCGUUGUUCUAAAAUCAACCCCAUUUAAGGUUCUGCAGGUGUAAUUUAACAAGGUUCUGCAGGUGUAAUUUAACAAGGUUCUGCAGGUGUAAUUUAACAAGGUUCUGCAGGUGUAAUUUAACAAGGUUCUGCAGGCGUAAUUUAACAAGGUUCUGCAGGUGUAAUUUAACAAGGUUCUGCAGGUGUAAUUUAACAAGGUUCUGCAGGUGUAAUUUAACAAGGUUCUGCAGGCGUAAUUUAACAAGGUUCUGCAGGCGUAAUUUCGGCUAUCAGAGAUUAUGGGUUGCAGCUUGGCAAAAGGUGUCUGUUUUCUGACUGACAGCCUUUGUUAGUGUGGUCAUCUCACAGUAACUGUGGAGCUUUCGUGCUGCUGUCCUCACAAGCAUUAGACAGAGACUAGAGAGGGAACUGUCAGACUCUUAAUUCAACUGUCGAUCAAUUCAUGUCUUUAUUCAUUAGGACCACUUGAUCUGACGUGUGCGUUCGCUUACGCCCCCGCGCCCCGCUUGUCCUUUGAUAUCAAGGUUAUUAUGACCCUGAGUCACUUCUGUGUGUGUGUGUGUGUGUGUGUGUGUGUGUGUGUGUGUGUGUGUGUGUGUGUGUGUGUGUGUGUGUGUGUGUGUGUGUGUGUGUGUGUGUGUGUGUGUGUGUGUGUGUGUGUGUGUGUGUGUGUUUAUUGACCAGUUUGUAAACCAUAACAAGACAUGUUCUGUUUGUAGUUGUCCACUGGGUUCCUUUGCAAACUACCAGAAACAGUAUGUUGUGUAUUUUAGCAGCAGACACAAGGCCGGGCACCCACCCACCAUACGGUUGACUUGUCAUUCUUCACUUCAGUUAGUCAUUUAGCCAUAAAUCAAGUCACUGUUGAGACAUGCAGCUAAAUGCACAUUUCCCCCAUCCAAAUAAAUCUGCAUAUAAUAUCAGGCCUGUGAACAAAUUGGUAAAACACAGCAUCUGUUCAGUUUUUAAAGCUGCUAAUUAAUCUGGUUUGGCAGGUGGAAUGAGACAGACAUGUCUGCUGUCUCAUAUACAGAGUUCAGUCCCAGCCACCUUUACGACCUGCCUGGGGCCACUUUUAAACAGCCAUUUGAUGUGAGUUUUAAUUACAGCUUAUUGUUUAUCUAGUUACAGAGAGCGGAGCCAAGCAACUGCAUCAUUAAUAUCAGUGAGUGUGUGUGUGUGUGUGUCUCUGUCUCUCUGUCCUCUUCCUCCUAAGUGUGUGUCUGUUUCUCUCUGUC